GAGUAUGCGCAGUAGAGGCAGCGCUGAAAUUCAAAUUUGAACAGAAGCUGUUUUGUCGAGGAAGAGCAGCCGAGCUGAGAAGAUCUCUGAGCACUUUUCGUUUUGCUUCGUUAGGUUAUUUCUUUACACACACGCCGCGUAUAGAACUGGUAACACUCCGUUUUGUAAGUACUCCUCAAGUGGUUACAAACUGUCCGAAAUGGACCCAUUUACUGAGAAACUUUUGGAGCGGACCCGGGCCCGUAGGGAAAAUCUGCAGAGGAAGCUAGCAGAGCGUCCCAACGCAGCUAACAGACAGAUGGUCAAAAGAUUGAGGGAGCCUCUAACUGAAUCAAAUAACACCGUCGCUGAUUCUACUGUUGAUAAAGGUCCACAGAUAUCCUCCAAGCCCUCCCCGUCCAAGCGCAGGUGCUCAGAGGAAAACCAGUUUGCACUGGAUGAGGAGAACCAGGUUCCAGUGGUGACCCGAGCUGGGGGCCCCGUACCACCAGACCCUCUGACAGACAAGAAACCCCCGGUGGGUCCAGCCAGCUUUCGCUUGUCCUCCUCUCUUGAGCAGAGUUCAACUCGACCUGUUCAGAGUCAGCCUAAGGAGCUGAAAGCUGCACAGCCAGAGAACAUGGCCGUCACUCCGGGUCCUGACCCUCCAAGCACAAGUGAAGCACCAACAGAGCCCCCUGGUUCUGGCCAGCACAGGAACAAACUGGACCAGGUGGAAGACCCGGCUCCCUCUGCUGCUGGCAUGAGGUCACGCCUGCAAAGGCUGGUGCAGCAGAGGAAGUGCUGGGAUGGAGAUGAUGACUCUUCUGACACAGUGCCAGACAGCACCCCCACAACCUUGUCAAAGAGGGUAGUAGAAGUCCAACCGCCUGCCAGUCUUCCUUCUUCAGAAGCUCCUGUUGGGCGGAGAGGCCGGUUGGCCAACCUGGCUGCUACCAUUGGGUCCUGGGAGGAUGACCUCGGCCACGCCCACAUUCCCAAGGGGAAUCCUGGAUCUGGUUCUGUUCCCAGACCUGCAGGCAAAGUAGCUGCUGCCGCUGCCAGCUCCAAGCAAACUGCAGCCAUGAGCAGUUCAGCUGCAGCAGCCAGCAAGUCUGCCUGCAGCAGCAACCAGGAUACUUCACAAUCUGCUGUGAAGUCCAGUCGAAUGAUUCUUCCAAGCCCUCAAAAGGCUGAAGUUUCUGCAUCUAAAACAGCCGUUCAGCCUGUGCAGAGUCCCCUGAAGAACCCCAAGCAGGAAGCAGCCCUCCCACCCAGUCCGCAUAAGGCAACAUCCUCUGAAGCAACAUCAGCCCCUAAGAGUCCACUAAAGACCCAGCUGUUCCCCAGGUCCCCUGGCCACACCGCCAGCCCCCUAAGGCCAGCUCUCCAGGAUAGAGCCACCAUGUCUGCUUCACUGGGCCACCAGGAACCCGUCUCCGCUGGAGGUCCAGGUGUGAAAUCUUUUCUGGAGCGUUUUGGAGAGCGAUGUCAGCAGCACAAAGAGCAGGGCGCUCAGCCCAGAGCUCCCACUCCAGCCAGGUCUGCUCCCAGUACUGCAUCAGUCACACCAAACACCAAACUGGUCCAGGAGAGGCUCCGAGCCGCCCAGGCUGCACACACAGCCACUGCUGAGCUCACUCAGCGGCAGAAGAUGGAGCGGGAGUCUGAGCUGGCCCAGAUCCGCAGCCGAUUCCAGAAAGGGAAAACUGUGUGGGAAAACAAGGACAAACAGGCAGAUGAGACACACACUGACAACAAGGAUCAGCUGGUCAAACCCACUCAGAGGGAGGUUUCCUCAUGUGACCCACAGGAUGAACCCACUGCACCAUUUAGUGAGGAAGUGACCACACCCAGCCAGAGUCCUCCAGUGCAUCCUGGAAUCACACUGACUCCUCCAGUCUCGACCUCCAGCCCCAUGAGGGGGGUCAGCCAGCCUGGAGAGAAGCUAAGUGAGGAGGAGGUGGUCAAGGAGAGGGAGAUGAAUGUGGACCACUCCAACAACUCAGCUAUUAUUAAUAAGCUGUUUGAAGGAGUUCUGGAGGACAGUGAGGAGCAAGAAGAAGAGGAGGAGGAGGAGGAAGAUGCUUUAAAUAUCUCCUCCAUGUCCCUGCUGACCCCUCUGGCAGAGACUGUAGCUGCUGUAGUGAAGAGUCCAGACAGAAGACUCAUGACGUCAACUCCAGCCAGCUCCUUCCUGGUGAAGAGCAACACCCCAGAGAGCAGCUGCAGUCCUGGAAAGUUCCAGAGAACCACCGUGGUACGGAGCGACUCCUCAGACGAAGACCACAGGCUGCCUUAUAGCAUUGAUGCAUACAGAUCCAUUCGAGUGAAGGAACCAGAAAGACCUGCAGUGAAGCAGGUUAUUGUAAGAAAGGAAGAUGUUUCUAAGAGAGCAGAGGAGCCCAGAGCAGCAAGUCUCUUCAGCGCGAAGCAGAGGAUGAAGAUGUUGACAAGUGAGGUGAACCUGCAGCAGACUGUGAUCCAUCAGGCCAGCCAGGCCCUCAACUGCUGCACUGAUGAAGAGCAUGGCAAAGGCUCUCAGGUGGAGGCUGAGGCAGAGAGGCUGCUGCUCCUAGCAACGGAGAAAAGAGAAGCCUUGAAGGCAGAGCUGGACCGUCUGAAAGGAGAAUCAGCAGGGCAGAAGAAAACUUGUCCUCCAGAACCAGAACCAGCUGCUGUAUCUGCUUCCAAGGGCUCCAUCACCCUGCAGGAGCUCCGCCUUCCCCUUAAGGCAGACUUUGUUUGUUCCACUGCUAACAAACCUGACUCAACUAAACAUUCAUUUUUCAUCCUGAUCCGCUCUGGAGCUGAGAACAUGGUGGCCACUCCGUUAGCCAGCACUCACCGCGGCCUCAGUGGAGACACACUCACCUUCCCCACCAAGUUCGCCCUAUCUGAUGUCUCCAGUGACUUCAAAGUAGACUUGGAAGUCUACUGCUUGGUACAAAAACGUGAAAUCUGCAGUGAGAAGAAGAAGAAACCCAACAAAUCAAAGGCCAUCACUCCAAAGAGAUUCCUGGCUAUCACUAAAAGCGCCCAGACGCCAGUGGUGGCCAGUCCUGGCGGUCCCAACGCUGUACGCACCAGUAGCUUUGUGCUGGUCGGGUCUCACACUCUGACUCUGUCCUCCAUCGGGAAAAACAAGUUUCCUCUGGAGAAGGUGCCGUUCCUGUGCCCUCUGGAGGGCCACAUCCACCUCCAGAUGCAGUGUGAAGUGGGCUGCUCCAAGGUGGAGGAGAGGGGCUUCUUGACCAUGUUUGAAGAUGUAAGUGGAUUUGGAGCGUGGCACAGAAGAUGGUGUGUUCUGUCAGGAUACUGCAUCUCUUACUGGACCUAUCCUGAUGAUGAGAAGCGGAAGAAUCCCAUUGGUCGUAUCAACCUGACCAACUGCACCAGUAAGAAGGUGGAGCCAGCCAAUCGAGAGUUCUGUGCCAGACCAAACACAUUCGAGCUAAUCACAGUCAGACCCCAGAGAGAGGACGACAAGGAGACGUUAGUCAGUCAGUGCAUGGACACCAUGUGUGUUACCAAAAACUGGUUGAGUGCUGACACUAAGGAUGAGAGAAAUCUGUGGAUGAAGAAGCUGAACCAAAUUCUAGUGGAUCUGAGGAUGUGGCAACCAGCCGCCUGCUACAAGCCUCUGUAACCACAGCAACCCCUCCCCUACCACCCAGCCAGCCAGUUCAGCUCUCUGGGCCGUCUUAAAAAUACUUGCGUGCAAUAUAUAUAUAUGUGUAUAUAUACAUACAUAAAUAAUAAGAGAAGUGAUUAAUGGAUAUUUAAUGGGAGAUGACCAAUCACCUCCACUAGCUGAGGUUAUUAAAGCCAUAUGUUGGAGACAUUUCAGAACAGUGUUUUAGUUUAGGAGAUGGGCCUUUUGAAUUCCAUUUUAUUCAUAACCAGUGUAAUGCAGACUGUCUGCUGUGUUGAUCAGUACCAGCCUUCAGGGUGACUACUGAACAGAACUGCUUAACUUUUAUCACACUUUAUACUGCAUGACCACACAAACCAACAAAAUGCUUUUCAUACAUUUAUGUUAUAUAUUUUCUUUUGACUUGUGAAAUUUAUUAAUAUGCACAGAUUUUUUUUAUGCAAUUUCUACACCACACUGUAGUUUGAAAUUACUAUUUGUGUGAAAAGUUUUGUGUAGAUGUGGGCGGGGUCUGUUACCAUGCUACACUGAAGAACAACCAGCACAAAUGUGAUUGGUUGAUCUUUCUAAUCAUCUGACAGAAGGUCAGCUGACCUGUAGAUUCAGAAAACUACCUUCUAGCCAGGAUAUUUGACUUGUUCCCAGCUUGUUAGAUUGAUAUCCAUGCCAAUGUCCUCUUCCUGUUCAGUGGUUUAGCAUGUUUACUGAUUUAGCGUGUGUAGCAGACCUUUCACAGCACCUUCAGGUGCUGAUUAUGAGAUUUUAAUAUGAUUGGAUAAAAUGUCUUUUUCACAAUGAAGACAGAUUUGUCAAUAUUCAA